AUGGCGGAAUGGUUUAUUGGUCCAAUCAUGGACAAGAUCAUCAACACUUGCUCUGAUUACCUGGAAGAUCAAGUCGGAUGGCAGACCGGCAUGAAGGAGGAGCUGGAAAGCCUGCGACAAAACCACCCGAAGAUCCAAGCUGUCGUCUUUGCGGCUAACCAAGCACAAAUUAGCGAUCAGAACCACCCUAUCAACAAGUGGAUAUGGCAGCUGCGAGAUGCUGUUGAUGAGGCAGAUGAUGUGCUCGAUGAUUUUGAGUACAUGAAGCAUAAAGAACAGCUGACUAAAAACAUGGAGGAAACAGAUCAGAAAAGAACGGCCAACGCGAGCUUCCUGAUUGAAAGUGCUUCGAAAAUUCGCAAAGUUGGAGAACGCGCUCUCAAGAUUGAUCCCAACUUGAAGAGGCUGGAGGAGAUUGUGCAGAAACUAGAUAAA